UUCGCUCAAAAAUGCACGAACGUGAAUGACAGAGCGCGAGCUCAGGUGUUUAAAUGAUGCGCACUCUGUAAGAUUGCCUUAAAUAAAAAUUAAAAUUAAUAAUAAUAAUAAAAUACAGUGUUUUCAUCCCGACUCUCAGCUAUGGAUGGGUUCGAUGACUGGAGCUUCACUGCGAAGAAAAUCGAGCUGGCGGAGGAGGAUUUUUACUUGGACUACGGCGCGGAGGAAAUAACAGAUUAUCAGGACCCCGGUGAACUUGUGGCCGCUUUGAAACAAAAGGAGGAAGAAGUUAUUUUGUCAGCCCAGCUGGGAAACGCUUUGCUCCUGGAAAACCGUCAGUUGAAAGCAGAGAGCGAAAAACUUCACGAGCAAUACGCAGACAAGCUGGAGGAGCUGAAGCAGGGAAAGCAUGAGCUCCGGCUGAAGCUGCAGGGCUGCCGGUCCCAGUGGGAGAGCCAGGUGGGAGACCUGGAGAGGGAUGUGAGGGAGCUGAGAGACCAGGUGGAGAGGCUCACCCAGGCCCUGAGCGAGGCCGAACGGGACAAGAGUCGAGCCCAUCUGGAACACAGUGAACACACUCAGGUCCUCAAGGAACAGCUCAAUGUGGCGAUGGAGGUGGAGCGGGCUAUGUCUGCUGAUCUGCAGGCCCUGAAACAAGAGCUCCAGCAAAAAGGAAACCAUAACCAGCACCAGGAUGAGGAGCUGAUUAGCGCCAUGAGGGAGCAGGUGUUGAGUCUGACCCAGAAGGAGCAGGUGCUGGAGGAGCGUUUGGAAAGCGUUUGUCAGGAGAAUGUGGAGCUCCGGUCGAGUUUGACGUCAUUACACGCUCGGCUGGCUCUGCACGGUCAGCUCAAACAGCAGCACAGCCAGCAGCUAUCUGAGGCAUGGCAGGAGGUGGAGGUGGCACGGGAUCGCUCACAGCAGCUGCAAGCCCAGGUGGAGGAGCUCCAGGAGGAGGUGUCGCUGCAGGAAGCCAGGAGCCACAGAGACACUUCCCUGCUGUCUGAGCUGGAGAGUAGCCUGGACAUGACGGGUCUGGGACUCUGCAAAGAAGAGAUAACGCAGGACAUCGAGUCUAUCCUUCAGCUGCUUCUCACGCUGACCGCUGAACGGAACGGUAUCGAGGGGUCAGAGGUCACGGAGCAGCAGGAGGGGCUGCAGGCUAAACUGCGUCAGCUGAAAGGCAUGGCUCAAACCCUGGCACAGGCAUCCAGUCCCCAGGAGCUGAGUCGAUCUUUUGUUGACACGACGGGCGAUCAGUGUGAGAAUCAGAGUGACACACAGGAGCUGAGGGAUCAGAAUGUUCUCCUUCAGCAGGAGAACUCUGUGCUGAGGCAGAAGCUGCAGAGUCUACAGGAGGAAGCUGACGUUGUCCUGCAGGCCAUCAGAGAUCGAGAUGAAGCCAUUGCCAAGAAAAACCUGAUGGAAGCUGAGUUGAUUAGAAGUAAAAAUGAUGUCAUGUCGCUGAAUAACCAGUUAUUGGAAGCCGUCCAACGUAAACUGGAGCUGUCACAGGAACUGGAGGCCUGGCAGGAUGACAUCCAGAUCAUCAUCAACCAGCAGCUCCGGUCCCAGCAGCAGUCAGAGCAACUUCAGAAGAUGCCCGCAUCCAAUGGCAUCUCCUUCUUCCGACGGCCCAACAAGUCAGCCUCCACCUGGAGGAUCCAGACCUUCUCCACUCCUCACAUGUGGAGUUCGGACGCCAGUUCGGACAAACCGCAGUCACAGUGGAGGGACUGGUUACGCCGUGGCAAAGGAGCUCCUCAUGACAAGUAACGGAGAGCAUUUCAUGACCAGCCAGCUGAGAAGCACUUUUGAAUCUGUGACGAACAACAAGGCCACUACGAACAAAGACUCGCCAAUCACCAAAUAAGCACUUCCAUACAUUUCACUGAGAGGGCGGAGCCUCUGUGACCUCACCUGUGGGAACACUAAAAUGUUCACGCACUUAUUGUAAAUAUUGUGACUUGUUGUUGUUUAUACACACAGUGGGUGUAGAUACGUAAAAGGUAGCAUCAAAUAUUUGUUCUGAUUAUUUGCAGAGAGAAAACUCAUAGGUCAAGAAACUACAAUUAUAUUUUAUUUUUUAUUGUUUGUUUUUUUUGGCAGUUGUACUAAAAUUGUCUUGUUGAAAAAUGUCAACUUACACGUUUUUUUCCUAUUGACUGUAUAAGAAAUGUUAAAAGCUGUGUAGAGAAAGUUUAGUUUUUAAAUCUAUUUAUUUGGUUUCUUCCUAAAGACUGUGUGUGUGUGUGUGUGUGUGUGUGUGUGUGUGUGUGUGUGUGUGUGUGUGUGUGUGUGUGUGUGUGUGUGUGUGUUGCUGCUGCGAAACUGUGUUCAGAACCUCAGUUUCAAACUUGCAGCUCUUGUUGCUGGUUUAAUGCACCUGAAAUGAGUUCUGUGAGAUACAUAUAUAUACAAAUAUUGGAGAUACUCACAAGCGGCAUGUGCAGUGCCAUUUAGAAGAUAUUUGUCACCCAUAUUCCACUGUCAUUUCUUUCUCUAAAGUCUUAUGAAAUACAUCAGCUAAAACGUGCAACUGCAGAAAGCUGAUUGCAAAACAUUUUAGUCUUGUCUGUAAAGUAUUGAUAAAAUUAAUAACAGUCAAAAAUUGUUCAAUAAUGUCAAAUUCAAUUUGGAGCUAGAAGGUGCUCAGAGCGUGCAUAAAACUUCUGAAUCCAAAAUAUGUCCUGGAUCAAAUUCAAAAUAAAAUCUUUCAUUUUCAAGGA